AUGGAGUUAAGUGAAAAACAGAGCAAGAACUAUGUGGAUCAUGGUGAUCCACAAGAAUCAAAAUACACCCACAGCAACAAUGAGCAGAAAGAAUAUGACUUUGUUGCCAACCGACCUGUACGAAAACGAAAUAACCUCUUCGAAGCAGUAGGUCACUUUGUAAAAAGUUGUCUUGGGGGUGGAAUCCUUGGUAUCCACGAGGCAUUCAUGAAAUGCGGACUUUGGACUGCCCUAGUUGUAUCUAUUAUCUUUGGAAUCUACAUCUCAUAUUGCUUACACAUAUUGGUAAGUGCGGCACAGAAGUUGUGCAAACAGUUGCACGUCCCUGAGAUGUCAUAUCCAGACGUGGCAGAGGCUUCGCUUGAAGUCUGUCCUUUCCCCUCAUUAAGGCGAUAUAGCAAAUGGUUCAGGUACGCUGUAGACCUAACAAUUAUCAUAGACUUAUUUGGAGCAUCUUGCGUCUACCAAAUAAUGAUAGCUAAAACUAUUAUGGAAGUUGUGGAAAAUCGUGAAGGUUCUAAAGAAUUGGACCUGGGUAGAUUACGGCUUUACAUUUUGGCGUUGUUGAUACCGAUUUUAAUACUUUGUAUGAUACGAAGUUUUAAAUAUUUGGCACCGUUUUCUAUAAUUGGGGAUUUAUUUAUUGUGAUUUGCGUGAUUGCGACUGUUGUGUACGGUCUCAGAUCGGCUCCCCCCAUUUCCACGGUACCAGCAUGGAAGGACGCCGUGGGUUUCUUUGAAUUCUGUGGUAUCGUUGUAUUUAGUCUAGAAGCUAUCGCGGUCAUCUUACCAAUAGAAAAUAAUAUGAAAAAUCCUAAACAGUUUCCUGCUGUAAUUGCAUGUGGUAUGUUCACAGUGUUAUUAUUUCUAUUAACAAUUGGUUUCUUUGGGUAUUGGGGCUUCGGUGAGAACUGCGUUACCCCAGUCACGUUGAACUUCCCUAACGAUGUAUUUCCUACAGUCAUAAAAAGUCUAAUCGGAGUCAUGAUUUUCCUUACAUUUGCCCUCAACUUUUGGGUUCCUUUCAAUCUGGUCUGGCACUACAUAUCAAAAAGGCAUGACCCGAAGAAACAUUGGAUUUGGGAGAGAGUGUACAGAGCGAUUUUCAUUGUUUUAAUAACUAUAAUCUCAAUUGUAUUUCCUAAUAUUGGAAACUUUAUGGGUUUGCUUGGGGCUUUUGCUCUAUCAAACAUGGGCUUCAUAUUCCCAGCCAUAAUAGAUUUACUAAUUGUAUGGGAGAGGCCAGGCCUAGGAAAAUGGAGAUGGCGUCUCUGGAGAAACAUUGCAAUAAUAUUUGUUGGAAUACUUCUGUUCUUUGCUGGAACUUAUUCUAAUGUUAAAGGACUAUUAAAAACCAUAUUAUAG